GCACAGGAUACAGGGUCAGUGAGGAGGCCUGAUGUCUGAUUCCACUCCUGACUGCCGCUGAAGUACAUGCUACUUACGCACCGUGUCACUCAAGUGUCCUUAAAAAGAGCCACAGACAUGGAGGAGGAGAGCAGGGUGAAUGGCUUUGAACUGAACCCAGAGAGGAGGAGUUCAGACUGGGGUCGCAUCACCCUGCUGGACAAGACCAAGGAGUUCUUCCAGACCUGCGACGUGGAGGGCAAAGGCUUCAUUACCCGCACUGAUAUGAGGAGGCUGCACAGAGAGCUGCCUCUGUCUGCAGAGGAGCUGGAGGAUGUGUUUGUCUCUCUGGAUACGGGCCGCACUGGUUACCUCACACUGGAGGCAUUCUCCUCUGGAUUCAGUCAGUUCCUGCACGGCCGGAGGAUCUCUGUCACAGACGACCAAAAUCAGACCCCCAGCCCCAUCUUAAGAACCAAGGAAGCCCUUUAUCAGAGCCAAUGGGAAGCCAAGCUGUCAGGAGUUGAAGAUGAGGAGGAAGGGCACUUCUGUAUGCUGCUGGAGAGCCUGGGAGCCAGUAAUGUGUUUGAGGAUCCAGACGAGGUGCGCAGUCUCUGGGCCCAGCUCAGGCGAGAUGAGCCGCACCUCCUCUCCAAUUUCGAGGAGUUCCUGGCCCGGGUCACCCACCAAAUAAAAGAGGCCCACCAGGAAAAGAAGGAAAUGGAGAGCGCCCUCCAGAGGAAGGCUGCGACACAUGACAGUGAGAUCCGUCAUUUAUAUGAAGAGAUGGAGGCACAGAUCAAAAAUGAGAAAGACCGGCUGCUGCUUCAGGACUCUGAGCGUCUUCAGCUGCGCAGCCAGGACCUGGAGCACCAGCUGUUUUCAAAGGAAAGAGAGCUGGAGCAGCUUUUCAAGAAACAGAAAAGGUUAGAGCUCCAGUGCCACGAGCUGAGCAGCGAGAAGCAGGAGAGCCAUGUGGAGAACGUCAAGCUGAAGAUGACCAACGACGAGCUGUCCCGAGCGCUGGAGAGCACCAGCCAGGAGCUGACGCUGGCCCAGGAACAGCUGGCCAUACUGCAGGAGCAGGCCGCCCGGCUGCACCGGGAGAAAGAGAUGGAAAUGUACAGAGUAACAGAGGGACUGCAGAGAGAAAAGCAGAGUCUCAUGAAGCAGCUUGAUCUCCUCAGAGAGAUGAACAAACAUUUGAAGGAUGAGCGAGACAUAUGCUGCGGUGUACCUCGAACUUCACUCAGAAAGAAGCAGAAGCAGAGAGCGGGCCUCGCCAACAUAUUUGAUGACACCAGCCAGCCGACAAAAAGAGCCCCACUGUUGGUGGAUGGGUCCUACCAGUCUCUGGAGGCCUUGCCUAUAGAGCACCUUCAAAUCGUGUUUGUUGCUUCCUCCUCCUGUAGUGAGGAUGAUACCACCACCACCACCGCUACCACCUCCUCCACCACUGUUAGCGCCCCUGUGUGUCAACAGCGCCCUGCAGCAAAGAAGAACUCUGGCUUAGCCAACGGCUGCGCUAACCCUGCUCCCCCCAAAGUGCACGAUGUGAAGGCGAAGGCCAGAAAAGCGCCCAGCAAGAUGGCUGCCCCCAAGAGGGUGACAGGCAGAAGCAGAGAAAGAGGGAAGAAGGUGGAAAUUGAGAAGAAGACGGGGGUAGAAGAGGAGGUGUUGGACGCCCCUCCAGAUGGGUGGCCCCUCCGUCGAGUCAUCUCCAUCGAGGAGGAUCACCUACCCCACCUGCUCCACGGUGGGCCCCAGCCCUUAAUGCACCAGCUCAGUGAGGAGGAAGACGAGGAGGAUGAAGAGGAGGAAGAAGGAGCACAGAGUGACACAGAAUCUACUGUUGUCACAGCAACAGCCCGUUCUGCCACCCAAACUUCUAGUUACAUUCCAGUGUUGGCGGAAGCUCCUUCAGUGAGGAAAUCCCGCAUUGCCCGAGCAAAAAAGACGCCCACGGCCCCAAGAGGACAGCCUCUCGGGAAGGACACUCAGCAAUUGACAGAAGGAGCACUGUUCGCCCCGGACCGUCUCUUUAAGGUGGUCCUGGUUGGCAACUCCAGCGUAGGGAAGACAUCCCUGCUGCGUUCUUUCUGUGAGGGCUGUUUCCACCCUUCCACCACUGCUACUGUGGGUAUUGACUACAGUGUGAAGACAUUAACCCUGGACAAUAUGCAGGUAGCCAUGCAGCUCUGGGACACAGCUGGUCAAGAGAGGUACCGCAGUAUAACCAAGCAGUUCUUUCGCAAAGCAGACGGCGUGGUGGUGAUGUACGACGUCACCGUGGAGGAGAGCUUCAGGGCCGUGCAACCCUGGCUCACCAAUGUCCAGGAAGCUGCAGGAGAGGGCAUCCCCGUCCUCCUUCUAGGCAACAAAAUGGACAUGGAUGUGGAGAGGGAGGUGCCAUUUAAAGAAGCUGAGCAACUGGCUUAUGAAAACAAAGUGAUGUUCUUUGAGGUCAGUGCCUACACAGGCAAGAAUGUGAUCGAGUCCCUCACGCACCUGGCCAGAGUGUUAAUGGAGCAGGAGGACACAGUGAGAGACCCAACAGUCAUCCUCAGUGCUCAGCCCAUAAGGAGGAAAGCCUGUUGCAAGUGAAGACACACUGA